AAAAGCAACAAAGUGAACCCCACUAGAGCCUACUUGAUCUGCAUAAAGCACAACUAUUGCCCGGACCAAUGGAAAGACUCAGAGAGGCAAGGGACAGACGUGGAAGAAGAGAGAGAAAAACAUGGAGAAAGCAAUGUGAGAGAGAAAAGUCACAAGCAAAAAAAAAAAAAGGUCCGAGUCAAUUUAUUUGAAAAUUCAGACGCUCCAAUUCUUCAAUUCUACUUCACCAAAUUCCACGAAAUUUAAAACCCGGCUGUAAAAACCUUUUCUUUCCAAUACCCAGAUCUAAAUUUUCCUCAAUUUGAUUCAAUUUCUCUCAUUUAAUUCAUUUCCCCUGUUUCUGUUCGAGCAGAGCAUCUCCUCUUGUUAAUCACUGUUCGAGUUGAGCUUUUUCUUCAUCUUUCAAUUCCUAUUGCUUCGUGAUUAGCCUCUCCUAUCGUUGGUUCUUCUUUUGAUCUUAAAUUAUCUUAGUUUUAGAAAAUUCUCCAAAAUUUGAGGAAAAUUAUCUCAUUUUUCCCUCCCCUGAAAUCCUCUGCCUUGUCCGCUUCCAAACGCGCAAUUCUCAGACCAAAAUCUCAAACUUUCCUGUGCUUGUCAGUCUGGGAUUCUUAAAAUUUUGACAAAAAUCCAAUCAUGGGAAUCCAAAAAGACAUAGUCAAAUUCAAUGUAGGAGGCAGAAUCUUUCAAACGACAGCUACAACACUCGCAAACGCAGGCAGAAAUUCGUUUUUCGGUGCGUUAUUUGACGACAAUUGGAACUUACAACAACAACAGCCAAACAAUCGUCAAGAAUUCUUCAUCGAUCGAAACCCUGACUGUUUCGCUAUCCUCCUUGAUCUUCUCCGCACAGGCGAUCUCUACAUUCCUUCAAAUGUCCCCGAAAGGCUUCUUUACAAGGAAGCCACGUUUUAUGGCUUAAUUGACCAUGUUCGUUCGGCCAAAUGGGGUCCCUUUGAUGGUAACAGGUUAAAGCUGUCUAAGUCAGUAACAGGGCGAGCCCCAGGGGAUGGAACCGCCAUCCGAGCUGGUCCUGAUGGCGGCUGCUGUGUGGCUCAUGGUAGCAUGGUUCAUGUUUUUGAUUGGAUGUUAGAAGAACACCCGCCAAUCAAUCUUGAUUACCAGAGAGUCAACGACAUUGGUUGGGUCAACCCUGAGAAUGUUUUGAUAAGUGCUUGUGAAAGGUUAGGGAGAGGAGAUGGUGGGAUGGGUUUGUUUAGCUCAUCUACUGGAGAUUUGAGAUAUAAGUUUAAUGUUGUUCAUGAUAAUCAAGUUAAGAGUUACACUGCUGGGGCUUUGAGUUUUAGUCCUGAUUAUAAGAUUUUUGCUAGUUGUAAAGGGAGGAGCAAUGAAUAUGGGAUUGGGGUUUGGGACCAAGUUACUGGUAAACAGAUUGACUUUUUUUAUGAGAGUCCUGGCUGGUCUCUUGGUGAUGCUGAUAAACUACAAUGGUUGAAUGGGAGUAACUGUUUGUUAGUUGCUACCUUGUUUCCUAGAAAGGAUAACUGUUAUAUUAGUUUGCUUGAUUUUAGAGAGAAGAGAAUGGUCUGGUCUUGGUCUGAUAUUGGUGCUCCUUUAACCGUUGAUGAGAAGAGAGUGAGAGAUGCUAUUGCAAUGGAGGAAUGCAACUCUGUUUGCGUAGUGAACGAGUAUGAGGAUUUGGGGUUCAUGGAUUUGAGGAUCAGCGGAGGAAGUGUGAGGUGGAGUUCCAGAAGUAAAUUGAUGAAGGGGAAGAUGCCGGAUGAGCCCUGCUAUCCCAAAUUGGCAUUGCAUAAUGGGCAGUUGUUUUCGUCAAUGAAUGAUUGCAUUUCUGUGUUCUGUGGUCCUGAUUGGGUGUUAACAUCAAGGCUUCGAAGAAGUUAUGGGGGCUCAAUCUGUGAUUUUUCGAUUGGUGGUGAUCGUCUCUUUGCACUUCACAGUGAGGAAAAUGUGUUUGACAUAUGGGAAACUCCACCACCGCCGGUCAUAUGAUUCAGGUCAUGGUUUGAUUACUGUAGCAGUGUUUCUUCCGUUUUCCAUUUUUAGGUAGUAGAACAUAGAGGAUGAACUUACAAUUAUAACAAAUAUCAUAGGCUUAGGCAAAGAUUACAGAGUGAUAGUUGAAGUCAUGUUUGUACAGAGUUUUGCUUCCUAUUUCAAAGAAAUGAAAAUUGAUUGCUAAACUACCAGUACCAGAUAUUGUAGAAAGCUAGAAGUUCUAGAGAUUGUAAAGUGUUUGCUCAUCAUUACAGAGGAAUGAAGUUGAUAGCUCAACAAUCAUAAGUUAAAAUUUCUCUUCCUGCUUAGAGAUACAUC